AUGGAUUGUUUCUCUGAGCGCUUAUUUUCUGCAAAGCUGGUGGUGUUUAUGACGUUGGUUUUGGUGUUGCUCCCAGUGGGCGCAUGCAAGAUUCUUCCUGUUCCUAAAUGUGCCGUCAGCAAGCACCUGCCUAUUCUUUAUGACUAUUAUCAUUCAGGAGAUCUGAUCAUUCCUGGAGUCCUUUCUCAGCUCCACAUCACUUAUGAAGAGAGAAAUUUCAGGAAAGAGCCCAAUCAGCUGUCCAUUGAGGAAGUAUCGUAUUUUUAUCCAAGUUGGACCUAUCUGGCCACAAUGAAACUUCUCUCCACUUGGGACAGAUUUGUCCCAAACUACAAAUGUGAUGAGCAAAAGAGCUUGCCAGCAGUCAUUGGGGGACCAAACUCUAACAUUUGCUCCCACAUGGCAGACAUCCUGGGCAUCUACAAAAUUGCUCAGCUCAUAUAUAGCUCUGCACCAGAAGAAAAUGACAAAAAUAACGCUGCCUUCUUCCACUGGAUGUUCCCAAAUGGGAAUAAGCAAUACUUGGGGCUUCUCCAGUUGUUGCUGCAUUUUAGGUGGACAUGGAUUGGAGUGAUCUAUGAAAAUGUUGAGAGUUUGCAGACAUUUGUGCUAAAACUUCUUCCAUUGUUUUCCCAGAAUGGUGUCUGCUUUGACAUCAUUGAGAAAUUACCAGACUGGAGUUUAACCAAUGAUGCCACUGAGAUGAUAACUAAUUGGGUUGUGAUCUUUAAACUUGUCUUCGACAGUACAGCCAGUGUCAUGAUCUUUCAUGGUGAGCUUCAAAGCAUGGCCAAGUUGAGAACUGUAGAAAACUUUUUAAAAUUUGAAGGCAUACCCCUUCAAGACAAAGGAAAACUUUGGAUUAUGACAGGGGACACCGAUUUCACAUCAUCUCUCUUUCAUAGAUCAAUGGGCAUACAGUUCCUCCAUGGUGCUCUAUCGUUUAUUACUCAUUCAGAGGAGGUGUUAGGAUUCAGGCAGUUUCUGCAGACAAGAAACCAUACAUCAGAAAAAGGAGAUGGGUUUGUUAGGCCUUUCUGGGAAGAGGCAUUCAAUUGCUUGUUCUCUGGCCCUGCCAUAGAUGAGCUAUAUGAGAACAUCUGCACUGGAGAUGAGAAACUGGCAACUCUUCCAAGCUCUGUUUUUGAAAUGAGCAUGACUAGCCACAGCUAUGCCAUUUAUAAUGCUGUCUAUGCCCUGACACAUGCUUUCCAUGCCAUGCAUUCAUCCCCAUCAAAUAGGAGAACAGCGAUGACUGGAAGGAGAGAGAGUAUGUUAACACAGCAGUCAUGGCAGAUCCCUCACUACCUGAGAAGUCUGUCAUUCAACAAUAGUGUUGGGGAGGUUUCCUUUGACCAAAAUGGAGAAGUCGUUGGUGGGUACGAUAUUGUCAACUGGGUCACAUUCCCAAAUAUGUCUUUCCUUCGUGUUAAAGUUGGGAGUGUAACUUCACAGGCUUCCACAGACAUAUUGCUUACCAUCGAUGAAGAUGCCAUUGAAUGGCCCAGCAGGUUUAACCAGACAUGUCCACGCUCACUGUGUAAUGACAAUUGUCCCUCGGGAUACAGAAGAGCAAAGAAGGAAGGGAAGCCAUACUGUUGCUAUGAUUGCCUUCCAUGUCCCAAAGGGGAGAUUUCCAAUCAAGCAGACAUGGACAGCUGCUCUCAGUGUCAAAGAGGUUAUUAUCCAAACAAGAACCAAGACCUUUGCAUUCCAAAAGUUAUAAUCUUCUUGUCUUAUACUGAACCUUUGGGGAUAGGUUUAGCAACUUCUGCUGUUGCUCUCUCUUUCAUUACCGCUCUGGUGUUAGCAAUCUUUGUGAAGUACCACAACACACCCAUUGUGAAAGUGAACAAUCGGAUGCUCUCCUACACCCUUCUCAUCUCCCUCCUGCUCUCCUUCCUCUGCACUUUGCUAUUCAUUGGACAACCUCAGAAGAUGACCUGUCUCCUCCGCCAAACAGCUUUUGGAAUUGUCUUCUCUGUGGUUAUUUCUUGCUUGUUGGCCAAAACCAUCACAGUCGUGGUAGCUUUUAUGGCCAAUAAGCCAGGAUCUAAGUUGAAAAAAUUGAUAGGGAAAAGGCUAGCCAUAUCCAUUAUUCUUCUGUGCUCCUUUACUCAAGUCAUGAUUUGUACACUAAAUUUAGCAACCGCACCACCAUUCCCAGAUUCUGACACAGAUUCAUUCAUUCAGAAUAAUGUAUUGGAAUGCAAUGAAGGAUCUGGAAUGAUGCUUUAUUGUGUCCUUGGCUUUAUGGGCUUCCUGGCUAUUAUCAGCUUCAUUGUGGCUUUCCUAGCACAGAAGUUACCCGACAGCUUCAAUGAAGCAAAGUUUAUCACCUUCAGCAUGUUGCUGUUUUGCAGUGUCUGGUUUACCUUUGUUCCAACCUACCUUUCCAGCAAAGGCAAAUACAUGGUGGCUGUGGAGAUCUUCUCCGUCUUGGCUUCCAGUGCUGGGUUACUAGGUUUUGUAUUUUUCCCUAAAUGCUAUAUUAUCAUCUUCAGGCCUGAGCAGAACAAAAGGGAGCAGCUAAUGAAAAGAAAAGGUUAG